CUGCGCAUGCGCUUUUCUCACUUCAUCGCACACAAAGCUGCUGUCAGGUCCCAGGGAUGCGCGCGGCCGAGAGCAGCACGCGGUAAUUUGUCGCUCGGUACCGGCAGGCGGAACGGCUGGAGCGGAACGGAACCAUGAGCUGCAACUGGGGCACGGAGCUGUGGGAUCAGUUUGAGAAUCUGGAGAAACACACCAGCUGGGGAAUCGACUUCCUGGAGAGAUACACAAAGUUUGUUAAAGAGCGAGUGGACAUUGAGCUGAGCUACGCCAAACAGAUCAGGAACCUGUCUAAGAAGUAUUAUCCAAAGAGAAACCGAGAAGAUGAGAGCAGGUACACCUGGUGUUUGGCCUUUGCAGCCACUCUGCAACAGCUGAAUGAACUGGCAGCUCAGAAGGAAGAUCUGGCCGAAAACCUGAACUCCCAGAUCGUCUGCGAGCUGGCGCGGUACACGCAGGAGCUGAAGACCGAGAGGAAGACCCAUUUCCAAGAUGGUCGCCGUGCUCAGCAACACAUAGAGAGCUCCUGGAAACAGCUGGAAUCUAGCAAACGCCGCUAUGAGCGAGAUUGUAAGGAGGCGGAGCGAGCUCAGCACAUCUCAGACAGGAUUGAUGUGGAAAAGACGGACGGAGAGAAGCGCUGCUCCAUUAAGACUCGCCAGACAGCACAGCAGAAACAGCAAGCUGCUGAGGAGUCCAGGAAAGACUAUGUGACCAGUUUAAACCAGUUUAAUCAGGACCAACACCAGCACUACCACACACUGGUACCCGUUAUAUACCAGCGGAUUCAGGACAUGGAGGAGCGGCGUAUCGAGAGAGUCAGCGAAGCGAUGCGUUUGUCUGCAGAGGCAGAGAGAAAAGUUUAUCCUGUCCUCAGUCACUGUUUGGAUGCAAUGAUGGACGCCGCUGAGAGCAUCCAACCCAGAAAGGACACUCGCCACGUGGUGGAUGUGUACAAAACGGGCUUCGACCCUCCAGGCGACAUUGAAUUUGAAGAUUACAGCGCCACCAUGAGGCGGAGCAUCUCUGAAUCUAGCUACCUCAACAACAGAGCUGAGGGGCGGAGACACAGCAGGAAGCUGUGGCCCUUCUUACGCAAAAACAAGCUUUUGAACCUCUUGUCCUCCCCUCGGCAGCCUCCGCCUCCACCCCCAACCUCACCUUCACCUGGGGCCGCGGUCAACAGUCCCCACUCCCCACCCACAUCCUCCAGAGAGCCAAUCACACAGCGGCUUAGUGACCUCAUGAGCUCUAGUUCAAAAACCAGGAAGCAGUGUCUUCGCAGCAUAAAGAGAGGGCUGUCCCUAAAACUGGUCUCCAGCCCAGCAGACUGCAGCCACCUUCCUCCUGAGCAACGGCGCAAGAAGCUUCAAAUCCGAAUCAACAACAUCAACCAGGAAAUACAGCGCGAGAAAGAACAGCGAGACGCUCUGCUGAAGAUGAGGGAGGUUUACGAGCGAAGUCCUCAGAUGGGCGAUGCGGGCAGCCUGGAGCCCCGGCUGGAGGAAGUCAAGCAAAACCUGCAGAAAAUGGAGGAGGAGCUGAGAAGGAUCCAGGUGUGGUUGUCAGAGACAGACAGUGGCCUGUCUGAUCACAGCAGCAGGAGGCAGGGUGGAGGUUGUGGGUUGAAUUCUCAAGCAACAACGCCAGGCAGCAGCAGCUUGAAACAGCUGAACAAGCGCAGCCCGGCCAGUAGAGAGAGCCCCGAUGGCAGUUACACCGAGGAUCACAAUGCAGAGCUUCACUUCAAGUCCCGCAGUUCAGAGUUCGACGACGAGUUUGACGACGAGGAACCGUUACCGAGUAUUGGCACCUGCAAGUCUCUUUACCCGUUCCAAGGUCAGAAUGAAGGCACUCUGUCGAUGGUGGAGGGAGAACUGCUUUCUGUUGUGGAGGAGGACAAAGGGGAUGGCUGGACCAGAGUUCGGAGGAAUCUAGAAGAGGAAGGAUACGUUCCUACGUCCUACAUCAAAAUUUUCUUGGACAGCAGCACCAAAGGUGCCGUGACCUACAUCUGACCUGCUUUGUUCAGAAUAGUCGGCUGGUCUAGCUCAAUCGCCCGAUGAGGACGUCUCACUAUUGGAAGGGAUGUAAAGAUCAGAAGAGGUCUGGAGAUGGCUCCUUAUUGGACAGACUUUCUAGAAGAUAUUUGGACUAAUUUAAGGUUUUAAUAGAAGGAAACCUGCUGCAGAUUCACAAAGAAGCCAGAGACGCUCUUUAGGUUGAUGUUUCAUCAGAAUGUUGCUGAAUGUUUUCAUGAAAAUUAGAAUUUAAAUGUAACUUAAAUAGAUCCUGAUUUGAAUCAAUUUAAUUUAAAAUACCAACUGAUCUGAGAUGCUGCUUGUGUCAAUGCUGAGUCAGUAAAAACUUAUGGCAGUGAUGUCAUAGCGAUGAGACUGCAGUGAUGUCACAGCGGUGAGACUGUAGUGAUGUCAUAGAGUUGAGACUGCAGUGGUGUCACAGCGGUGAGACUGCAGUGAUGUCACAGCGGUGAGACAGUAGUGAUGUCACAGCGGUGAGACUGCAGUUGUGUCAUAGCGAUGAGACUGCAGUGGUCACAGCGGUGAGACUGUAGUGAUGUCAUAGUGAUGAGACUGCAGUGAUGUCACAGCAGUGAGACUGUAGUGAUGUCAUAGCGAUGAGACUACAGUGAUGUCACAGCAGUGAGACUGUAGUGAUGUCACAGCGAUGAGACUGCAGUGAUGUCACAGCGAUGAGACUGUAGUGAUGUCACAGCGAUGAGACUGCAGUGGUGUCACAGCGGUGAGACAGUAGUGAUGUCACAGCGGUGAGACUGCAGUGGUGUCAUAGCGAUGAGACUGCAGUGGUCACAGCGGUGAGACUGUAGUAAUGUCAUAGCGAUGAGACUGCAGUGAUGUCACAGCAGUGAGACUGUAGUGAUGUCAUAGCGAUGAGACUACAGUGAUGUCACAGCGGUGAGACUGUAGUGAUGUCACAGCAGUGGGACUGUAGUGAUGUAGUGAUGUCACAGCAAUGAGACUGUAGUGAUGUCACAGCGGUGAGAUUGCAGUGAUGUCAGCAGUAAGACUAGUCAUGUAGUGAUGUCACAGCGGUGAGACUGUAGUGAUGUCACAGUGAUGAGACUGCAGUGAUGUCACAGCUGUGAGACUGUAGUGAUGUCACAGCGGUAGGACUGUAGUGAUGUCACAGCGGUGAGACUGUAGUGUCACAGCGGUGAGACUGUAGUGAUGUCACAGCGGUGAGACUGCAGUGAUGUCACAGCAGUGAGACUGUAGUGAUGUCAUAGCGGUGAGACUGUAGUGAUGUCACAGCGGUGAGACUGUACUGAUGUCACAGCAGUGAGACUGCAGUGAUGUCACAGCAAUGAGACUGUAGUGAUGUCAUAGCGGUGAGACUGCAGUGAUGUCAGCAGUGAGACUGUAGUGAUGUCACAGCGGUGAGACUAGUGAUGUCACAGCGAUGGGACUGUAGUGAUGUCAUGGCGGUGAGACUGCAGUGAUGUCACAGCGGUGAGACUGCAGUGAUGUCACAGCGGUGAGACUGUAGUGAUGUCAUGGCGGUGAGACUGCAGUGAUGUCAGCAGUGAGACUGUAGUGAUGUAGUGAUGU